AUGGGAAAAAUGCAAAUAUGGGAAAAACGCAAAUAUGGGAAGAACGCAAAUAUGGGAAAAACGCAGAUAUGGGAAAAUGCAGAUAUGGGAAAGACUCAGAUAUGGGAAAGACACAUAUAUUGGAAAAACGCACACAUGGGAAAAUUGCAAAUAUGGGAAAAUUGCAAAUAUGGGAAAAACGCUAAUAUGGGAAAAAGGCAAAUAUGGGAAAAACGCAAACAUGGGGAAAAUGCAAACAUGGGGAAACGCAAACAUGGGAAAAACGCAAACAUGGGAAAAACGCAAACAUGCGAAAAACGCAAAUAUGGGAAAAACCAAAUAUGGGGAAAAACGCAAAUAUGGGAAAAACGCAAAUAUCGGAAAUACGCAAAUAUCGGAAAACGCAAAAAUGGGAUAAACGCAAAUAUGGGAAAAACGCAAAUAUGGCAAAGACGCAAAUGUCGGAAAACGCAAAAAUGGGAUAAACGCAAAUAUGGGAAAAACGCAAAUAUGGGAAAAACGCAAAUAUGGGAAAAAUGCAAAUAUGGGAGAAGAUAA